AAACCGAAAGUAGCCCUUGUUACAGUGUGGUCGGUCGUUUUCAGUGGUAGGCCUAGUCCAGAGGUGACGGCGUUCUCAGACAGUUGUUCCCGCACCUGAAGAUACUUGUGGAAUAUCCUUUGUUGUUAUCCAUUAAAAUGGGUUCGGUUAACAAAUGUUUGAAAUGGCUCUUUAUCGUCUUUAACGCACUGUUCGCCCUGACAGGCGUUGCAUGUGUUGCACGUGUACACUUUUUAGGGAUGGCAGCAGAAAUGAAAAAUGAAGUGGGGAAUUUCUGGUCAUUAUCCCUGUUUGGAUUAAUUGUGGCAAGCAUAUCAUUUCUUGGAGUCUAUGGUGCAUACAAAGAGAAGAAAUGGGCCCUCAUCAAGUUUUCGGUUCUUUCUCGGUAUUGGCACGGUCAGUUGCCUGAUUGGGGCUGUUGAGAGUAUUUCUGAACGGCAAACGUUAUCCAGGAAAUUUGAAGAAGUCUUUGAAAGGGAUGCGCGUCUUCAGUAUGUUCAAGAAUAUUUAAAGCUUGAGUGCUGUGGCACACGCAAUGGCUACCAAGACUGGAAUUUACAGAUUCCAGAGUCCUGCAUCUGUCCAGCAUCCUACCGGGGUACUCCAAAAUGCAAGGAGACAAGUUCUCUCAGAAGUUAUGAGUAUAUGCAGCUUUACAAGACAAAGACUACAGAGAUCUACAGUGAGACAUGUCACUCUCUCAUUAUGCGGUAUAUCAAUAUGAUGAUGGAUGCUGCAACUGGGAUUUUCUUUGGAUUUUCAAUUGUGGGGCUUAUUGGGGUAAUCAUGGCCAUCAUCAUCACCUGCAAGAUCAAGAAGCAAGUGACUUAUGAAUGUUCGAAGCCUCCUGCAUAUGAGGAGUUGUAUACAAUGAAAUGUAUGCCAGUGCAUGUCUAAGAUUGUUGUUUCAACAGGCUUCCUAUUGGAUCAGUAUUUGAAAAUCAUCAGGGCAAAUGCUUUUUUUUUUCUAUUCAUUGAUAACAUUUUAUGUUGCCAGAUUUGACCGUGUUUUUUGGGCUUGAUUGCACAGCUAGAAGGAGAAGAAAAAUAUUAUAUGGAAAAUGGUUUGUUGAAUCUGUAAAACAUGGAAAUUACUGCUCAGCAGUAACCCUUGAAGUUCAUUGUAAUAUCCAUAUUUUAUAUGGUAUACGGUUAUGUAUCCCAUCUUAAUUAUGACAAAUAGUGUCUUAUAUAUGUUGCUGCAUAACAAGGUAUCUGAUUUGUUUGCUUGAUAUUUUGCCUAAUGUUUGUCUGGCGAUGUGGCAACAGCAUGCGUAUGCGCACUUUCUCGAAUAUGGUUUUGCAACUCUUACUGUACAAGAGUUUCCUUGUUGUUCUUCAGAAGUUAGAUUGGUGUUCUUAAAAUGAUGAAAUGAAAGGAAAGGUACCAGUUGGAGGACACCUUCAUUGUUGAUUAUGCAUAUUAUGAUUGUUUCUCUACAUUAAAGUCAGUGAGGUUUGUUGCAUUA